UUUGAACGUGCCUGUAUGAUGGUUAUCCUUCUGAACUGUGUGACCCUUGGAAUGUAUAGACCCUGCGCUGACGAAGUCUGUGAUUCCAACCGCUGUAAGAUUCUACAGCACUUUGAUGACGUCAUUUUUGCUUUCUUCGCCGUGGAGAUGCUCAUCAAAAUUACAGCCAUGGGAGCCUUUGGAAAAAAUGCCUACCUUGCAGAGACUUGGAACAGGCUCGAUUUUUUCAUCGUAAUUGCAGGAUCUCUGGAAUAUUGCCUGGAUGUUGGCAACAUCAAUCUUUCAGCCAUCCGGACAGUUAGGGUUCUUCGACCAUUGAGGGCGAUCAACAGGAUACCAAGUAUGAGGAUUCUUGUGAUGCUGCUUUUAGACACCUUGCCUAUGUUAGGAAAUGUGCUGUUGUUAUGUUUCUUCGUCUUCUUUAUUUUCGGCAUCGUCGGUGUACAAUUGUGGGCUGGCCUUCUCAGACAACGGUGCUAUAUCGAACUUCCUCCUAAUGUUUCACUUCCCGGGUAUUUAUCUCCUUAUUACUACGAGAGAGUGAAAGUUCUUAACCCCGUAUCAACAUAUUACCAAAGCCUUGAAGCAGAGAAGGACUACAUUUGCAGCUUAGAUAAGGAUAAUGGAGUCCACAGGUGCUCAGAACUGCCACAAGCUCGGUAUGGCGGGAAACAAUGCAACGGUACGGCUCUUCCAUUCGCUGACAAUGUUCCAAUGAAUGGGUCCUGCGUGAACUGGAACCAGUACUACACAUAUUGCCGUGCUGGUGACAGAAACCCCUUCCAAGGAGCUAUAUCGUUCGACAACAUUGGGUUGGCCUGGGUAGCAAUAUUUUUAGUUAUAAGCCUCGAAGGAUGGACUGACAUCAUGUACUAUGUGCAAGACGCCCAUUCCUUUUGGGACUUCACUUACUUUGUGUUGCUGAUAGUGGUUGGUUCCUUCUUCAUGAUCAAUCUUUGUCUCGUUGUGAUAGCAACCCAGUUUUCUGAGACAAAGAAGCGAGAGAUGGAACGCAUGCGGAUAGAGCGAGCGCGAUUUAAUUCUUCUAGUACAUUAGCUAGUACCAACGCUUCAGAACCAACAGGGUGCUACUCCCAGCUGUUCAAGUACAUCGCCCACUUAGGGAGAAGGGCGAGGCGGAAGUUUCUUCGCUUCUGCAGGAAGCACAAGCGGAAAAGAACUCCAACAGAGGAAGGUCAUCCGUCUUCUAUUUCGCUUAGAAGGCGAUGCUACAACAAGCCUAAAUGGCAGCCCGGACAAAGUUCUAUGAAAAAUCACUUCUCCAAGUCUGAAGGAUCUACAACCAGAGAGUUUAGCUCUCUGGAGGUGAAAUCUGACAGUCCUGUAGCUCCCUUUGCUAGUCCUGAAAUAUCGGAUAUCGAUCUCGUUGCUUCACCACGGGAAUCAUUUCUGUGUGAAGGAGGUUUAGAGCAUCAUCAAGUAGCUGCAAUUCCUGUCAAAGCGGCUGGAAUCAAAACAGAAAUCCUUCCCCACCACAGGCAGUCCACAUCUGGUAGCAGUCGUCGAACAUCUCAAUAUACUUGUGCAGAGCUUCUAGCCAUUGGCGCCACCCAAGGUGCCGUCUUGGCGGGAUUCAGCAACAAUUUCGCCAUGCAGAAUUUCUAUUCCAGGGUUUAUAGAGGUGCAAAGCAUUCAUCAGCUCCGCAGCUAAUGUUUUACCACGAGAAUGAAACCGAAGAUUCGCGCCUCAACACUGAAUGGUCAGAUAGCGAGUCUGAUUUGGAUUACGGCCUCGGUAUGGGAAAGAAUGGUCAGAGUCGCUUCUGUCGUUGGUGGAAGGAGCAACAGGCCAAAGUCAAAUCCUUCACCGAUCAUACGUAUUUUCAAAGAGGCAUCCUCACAGCUAUCCUAGUCAACACUCUCAGCAUGGGGAUAGAGUAUCACAAUCAGCCCGAAGAGUUAACUCUAGCAGUAGAAAUUAGCAACGUCAUCUUUACUGCAGUCUUUUUUCUGGAGAUGAUCCUCAAGAUGUUUGCGGAAGGAUUUUGCUCCUACAUCAGCAGCGGUUUCAACGUUUUCGACAGCGUUAUCGUAGUUCUCAGUUUGGUGGAGCUUUGUCAAAGCAGCGGCAGCGGCCUUUCUGUUUUACGGACUUUUCGUCUCUUAAGAAUCCUGAAGCUGGUCCGCUUCAUGCCGGCUCUGCGUAGGCAGCUAAUCAUCAUGCUCAGGACCGUCGACAACGUGGCCGUCUUCUUUGCGCUACUCAUCUUAUUCAUCUUCAUCUUCAGUAUUUUAGGUAUGAACUUGUUCGGUUGCAAGUUUUGCAAAAAGAUGCCCGAUGGAAUAACGCAGUGUGAUAGAAAAAAUUUCGACUCUUUGUUGUGGGCGAUUGUUACAGUUUUCCAAAUACUUACACAAGAAGAUUGGAAUGUGGUGUUGUUUAAUGGCAUGGAAAAGACUUCCCAUUGGGCAGCACUUUAUUUUGUGGCAUUGAUGACGUUUGGCAAUUACGUUCUCUUCAAUCUACUAGUCGCCAUCUUAGUAGAAGGCUUUUCUGCUGAGGACGAUAAAAAAGACUCAGAAAACAGGUCAAGUUGUUCUAUUUGUGAGAAACAAGAAUGCGAGACGAGUACAGAUAAAGAAAAUUUAGAAAAUGUCAAAUGGAUUCCAACGGAAGAUGAUCCAAAGGAUAAUAUUGAAAAAGAAAUCAAAAUGAAGGCCUAUCCAUAUGUUCUCACUGUCAUCAAGCACCAAGAUCGUCUGAACGGAAACGGAGGUGGCACGGACAACCUCAACUUUCCACCAGUUAUCACUCACACUGCCGCUACGCCUCAAGGAUCGCCCAAUGCAACACUCACACUUCAGAGAGACAUCAAUAACCGGUUAUGUCCAGAAAAAGCCCUCAACAUCAGCAAUCCGUCCAUAAUCACCAUCGACAAGAGCUCGCGUCCACAGUCGAUCAGUCCUGAUAUCUUGCAUUUGAACGGCAUGCCUGUGUUCCAAGUUGCCUCAUUGAACAUUCCUUCAAUUCACCUUUCUGGAAGCCCACAAAACAGUAGGAGGAGCAGCGUCAUUGUCGCUCUUUCUAGGCAAUCCAGCAUUGUUUCCAAUGGUAGUAGAAAGAAUUCCCUUGGACCUCGCCUUAAUUUGCAGCGCAAAGGAAGUAAAAGUAGCACGAGUAGUGGAAAUAAGGGAAGUUUUAACGGUUGGAAAUCUCACAAGCGGAAAAAGAGUGAAAACGAAAGUUCAGAAAAUGGUUCAGGACCAGAAGACGUAGUGCUCAAUAACAUGACGACUUCACACUCACCUAGCCAUCAAAGCACGGAACAUCAACACUACAAUGGCAGCAUACCCACUCUUCAAAACACUCCCAACAAUAAACGCCCCUUACCCUUACAAAAUAGUCAUAACAGCUCAAGAGUCAUUAGUCCUCAGAACUCCAUAAAAAGCGUAUCUCUGUCUCAAUAUCGGGACAACAACGGGACACCCUCCACUCCAGUGGCCAACGAACAUGCUCCAUGCAGCAGACAAAUGUCCCUCAACAGCAGCAUUCAAAGUCAGAACACACUGAGCCCUUCCAACACCUGCUACCUUCCCAGUAGACAAACUUCCAUAUCAGGUUCUUCAAUGAAAGAAGAAUUCAAGCCAAACAAUCUUGAAGGUGCCCAAAUCAAAGUAGAGAAUCGAAGAUCAUCAGUUGACUGCGAGCUUCCAGACAAGCCUCUGAACAGGUUUGGUGUAAUCCAGCACAGAAGUCCGAGAUUCGUGACGUACUGUCCCCAUAGGAAAGCAAGCGAAGUUACAGCACUAGUACAAGAUAUCAGAUCAGAUUCAGAAGAUUGCCAAAUAAUGAAACAUUGUUACGAAAAGCUAUGUUGGUUUAUUGAGCCCAAAGGAUGGAUAAAAGAAAGGGAAGAUUAUGCGCUCUUCCUCUUUGCCAGGAAUCAUUUCCUGAGGCGAAUCUGCAACAGUCUCGCAGAGAACAAAUGGUUUGACUACACCAUCUUGGUUUUUAUUGCUUCCAACUGCAUUACCCUAGCCAUGGAACGCCCAACAAUUCCGCCGGAAAGCUGGGAAAGAGUGUUCCUUACUUCAGCAAAUUAUAUCUUUACCAUAGUAUUUGCAUUUGAAAUGGCAGUCAAAGUAUUGGCAAAAGGACUUUGGUACGGUCCAAAUGCUUAUUUUAAAAGUGGCUGGAAUAUCAUGGAUGGUUUUGUCGUCGGAAUUUCUCUGGUUGAUGUUUUGCUGUCAGUCGUUGCUGAAAGUAGUCCAAGAAUCUUCGGAAUUCUUCGAGUGUUCCGGCUUCUUAGGUCACUCAGGCCCCUUAGGGUAAUCAACAGAGCUCCUGGUCUGAAACUUGUAGUACAGACAUUGUUAUCAUCACUUCGCCCCAUCGGAAACAUUGUCCUCAUCUGUUGUACAUUUUUCAUCAUCUUCGGCAUUUUAGGGGUGCAACUCUUCAAAGGAAGCAUGUACUACUGCGAGGGUCCCACAGCUUCCCGGGUUCGGAACAAAUCUGAGUGUCUCCAAGAUCCCAGGAAUGUUUGGCAGAACAGAAAGUACAAUUUUGACAACUUAGGACAAGCUCUGAUGUCACUCUUUGUACUGUCAUCAAAGGACGGUUGGGUCAAUAUAAUGUAUACAGGACUUGAUGCAGUUGGUGUUGAUCAACAGCCAAUCGAAAAUUACAACGAAUGGAGACUCCUUUACUUCAUUUCUUUCCUGCUCCUUGUCGCUUUCUUUGUUCUCAACAUGUUCGUCGGUGUUGUUGUAGAAAAUUUUCAUCGGUGUAGAAAGGAACAAGAAUUAGAAGAAAAAGCUCGACGAGCUGCCAAACGUGCCAAGAAAAUGGACAAAAAACGUAGAAAAAUGCGUCGCCCUCCAUAUUACAUAAACUAUUCAAGACCUCGCCUUUUCACUCAUAACAUUAUCACAAGUAAAUAUUUUGAUCUUGCAAUUGCUGCUGUGAUUGGUCUAAAUGUUGUAACCAUGGCAAUGGAAUUUUAUAUGAUGCCCAAAAAAUUGGAAUAUGCUUUAAAAGUGUUCAAUUAUUUCUUCACUGCUGUUUUUAUUGUUGAAGCUAUAAUGAAGAUUGUAGCACUUGGUAUUUUGAAAUAUUUAAAAAACAGAUGGAAUCAGCUUGAUAUUGUGAUAGUUGGCUUGUCAAUUGCUGGAAUUGUGUUGGAGAAGAUGGAAUCUGAUUUGAUCCCCAUCAAUCCUACUAUAAUAAGAGUUUUUAGAGUUCUUCGUAUAGCUAGAGUUCUUAAAUUAUUAAAGAUGGCUAAAGGAAUACGAGCUUUAUUAGAUACUGUUAUGCAAGCAUUACCACAAGUUGGAAAUCUUGGGCUUUUAUUCUUCCUUCUCUUCUUCAUUUUUGCUGCUCUUGGUGUUGAGCUUUUUGGUAGAUUAGAAUGCACAGAAGAUUUACCAUGUGAAGGUUUAGGAGAACAUGCUCAUUUUAAAGAUUUUGGAAUGGCUUUUUUAACACUUUUUCGUGUGGCCACUGGAGACAAUUGGAAUGGUAUUAUGAAAGAUACCUUAAGAGACAACUGUGAUUACUCCAGUGAUUGCAUCAAAAAUUGCUGCAUAUCGCCUAUCAUAGCUCCAUUGUAUUUUGUUAUUUUUGUCCUAAUGGCCCAAUUUGUGCUCGUCAAUGUUGUUGUUGCUGUUUUAAUGAAACACUUAGAAGAAAGCCAUAAGCAAAUGGAUGAUGAUAUGGAGAUGGAUGCUGAAUUAGAACGCGAAUUGGCUGCUGAAGUGCAAUUAAAAAAAUUAGCUGAAAUGGGAGACCAAGUUAUUGAUGUUAGUGCCAAGGGAAUAGGACCGCGAUCACCUCAUCAUAAAAAGAAAAUUCACAAGCCUCUUGUAAAAAUGGCAUCUCUUCCACCAAACUUUGUAUUCCCUUUCAAUAGUGGAAAUGAUUCUGGCUUUCGUCGAGCAUCUUUAAACUUGCAGAGCUCAAGGAACACUACUGAUUGUGUUUUCAGCACUUCAGCUGAUAUUCCCACCAUUUCUACAAAUUUUCCAUUUUCACCACCACAAUUCAUCAACGCAGCAGUUACAACGCCAAAUGUGAAUAUUCGCCAAGCAUCUCCCGAUGAAUCCGAGAGUAAAGUCACAGUAGCAAAUCUAAGCCCCGUUCCUCUCCGAUCCUCAUUUGGUUCAACGCUUAAUGUUCCAAACGGUUCAUUUGGUAGCCCAAAAUCCCCAGUGCCAUCAAUUAAAAAUGAAUUAGAAUCUAGCGAAAAUAAACUCAUUGAUGAGCCAAUUCUGGACUCACCAUGCCCACAAAACCAACCUUUAGAUGAUUGGGCUUGUGUGUUUGCAUCUAUGAACACAGACCAAUACAAAGUUCAUUUUUUACCUGUGCUUCGAAAUGAUGUGAUAGGCAGUGCAAAUCUGUGUGACAAGAAACUUCUGGAUUCUUUAGGUGUGAACAGGAACAGGAGUGUAUCCAAUGCUUUUCUUGCAACGAAGAACAACCAGUCGGAUGAUUGCGAUUCUGGUUGUGCUUCCAUUGAUAAAAAUAUUUCUAGUGACCAAAACACUGGAGAUAAUAGCAUAAGGACGGCUCAUUUGUACGAGAGCAAUAGUGGUGAAGCUUCCUUAUCAUCGCCAUCGAUUCUUGAUGCCGAACGCUUCCACGAUCAUCAUGCGCCAUUAAUUAUUCGAAGACUACGAAAGAAACUCGUCAGUCUGGGUGGGGAAUCAUCACUUAGUUCUCAGUCGGAUGUUCCUGAUGAAACCAAAGACAAAAGUUUUGCUCCAGAUUCAACAUCAUUAGAAUGUUAGCAAUUAUCUUGUUGUGUAUUGAGUUUAUUUUGCACAUUCUUUGGUUGCCCACUUAGUACGAGAUUUGGACGUGUGCGUGAAUCAAUGCUUUUAUUGCGAUCAAUUCAAUGGAAAUGGGUUUCAAAAGCAUAAAACUGCCAACAAACAGUUGUAAGA